AUGCCUUUAUCAACUACCCCGAACGCGUCGAACCGCGACCCUCUCACCGAUUCACAACAACACCUCCCUCCAGAAGUCUUCACCCCAUCUUCUCUUCCAAAAUCAUCAGAAUAUCAAGAUCCCACCAAAGUCACCAUGGAGGGCGAGGCACACACCACUUACCAUGCGGGUGGUACCACCUUCAUGGUCCCCGCAUCACCUCACAGCCUGAUCAGAGAGGUGACUGGCGACCUCUUCGACGCUCCGGAGGGGUCGGGAUUGAUCCAUGCAUGCAAUACCGAGGGGAGUUGGGGAGCGGGCAUAGCACAAGCCUUCAAAGAACGGUACCCGGCUGCAUAUCGCAUCUAUCAAAGCCACUGCCGGGGCUAUGCCCGCUCAAAGGAACCCGUUGAGAUUGUCAGCGCCUUCCCGGUUCCCCACGGGGCACAAACGGUCUUCUACUUGCCCCUCGGUACAGCGCUGGUCAUCCCACCCCAGCCAGAAGACUACAAUUUGGGCAGCAAGAAGCACUGGAUCAUCUGCCUGUUCACUUCUCGCGGGUUUGGUCGCCGAGUUGACCUACCCAACACGAUCCUCAACAGCACCCGGGUCGCACUGCGAGAUUUGAAGGAUAAGCUUCUUGACCUUCUCAUUGAUGGAACUGAGCCAUCACCGACCGCUUUGUACUCUUGCCAGUUUAACUCUGGCUUGUUUCGUGUGCCUUGGCUGCGUACUCAGCGGCUUGUGGAGUCUGUCGGCUUGCGUGUAACUGUUGUGAUUCCGCCGACGGAGACUUAG